AUGCCAAAGAAGACCGACCGAAGUGAUGGGCCGCUGGUCGUUGACGUGCACUCGCAUUUGUAUCCGACAUUUUAUCUCGAUCUCCUUAAGACGAGAACCGAGGCACCAUAUGUCAAGGACAAUAAACUGGUCAACCGGGCCUCAGCAGCGGGCGCCGGAAAGCCCAUCCUACCCAUACUGCAUGAUGUAGGCACCAAGAUUGCCUUCAUGGACGCCCACGGCAUCGACGUGUCUGUCCUAUCCAUUGGAAACCCGUGGCUGGACUGGCUGCACGGGGAGACGGCCGGCCCCGUAGCCCGCGACGUCAAUGACCAGUUCAACCGGCUCUGCGCCGAGAGCGACGGCCGGCUCUUCUUCUUUGCCACCCUGCCGCUGGGCGGGUCCAUGGACGCGAUCCUGGCCGAGGUGGCGCGGCUCCGCGAGCUGGCGUCUUGUCGAGGUAUCGUGAUUGGUUGCGCGGGCACGGGCGACGGCCUCGACGACGCGAGUCUGCUGCCCAUGUACCGCGCCCUGGCGGCGGCCGGGCUCCCCGUGUUUCUGCACCCCAACUACGGCCUGCCCGAGUCCGUCUGGGGACCGCGCGCCAAGGAGUACGGGCAGAUCCUGCCCGUCAGCAUGGGCUUCCCGCUCGAAACCACCAUUGCCAUGACGCGGCUGAUUCUCUCGGGCGUGUUCAAGGACGUGCCCGAUCUGCAGUUCAUCGUGAGCCACGCCUGCGGCACGCUCCCCUUUCUGGCGGGCCGGAUCGAAAACGCCAUUGAUCACGACCGGCAGUGGAUCUCCCAGGGCAAGGCGUCGGCGGCGGACCGGGAGACCGUGUGGCAGGUGCUGCGCAAAAAUGUCUUCAUGGACGGCAUCGUCUACGACCAGCUGCCGCUCAAGCUGGCCGUGGCGGCGGGCGGUGCGGACCGGGUCAUGUUUGGGACGGACCACCCCUUCUUCCCGCCCCCCACGGGCCCGUCGGGCGCUGACGAAAUGUGGCCGAGCAUGUGGAGCAACGAAAAGGCCGUGAGCGAAGGAUUUGGUCGAGACAGUGACGUGUAUAAACAAGUCAUGGGUGAGAAUGCGAUUCGUGUUCUGAGUCUGCGGGAGAGUUUAGACCAUGCUGGCUGCGACUGUUGA